CACAAGCCGAGCGAAGAGCACACAGUCCACACAGCAGCCGAAGCUGAUAAAUUCGCUCAGGGAAUAAAUAUCUACAAACCGCGCGGCUGUUUCUUUACAGGAAUACCACUUGAUCGUGGACGCAUGUGAGCGUGCACAUGCCAGGCUCGGGACCGUACAGCAUGGCUCUGACACAAGUGCGGCUAUCUCUGCUUAUCUGACCACUGAGAAAGUCUUUGGAUCUCCUCGCGAAGGCUCUUAUUUCUUUUUUUUUCUUUUCAUUGACUAUCAGCGACACAUCACUGGAAAUAUUCUCCGGAUGGUGACCGCGGACUGGACUACCUGUUUUCAGCUGAUUAGCUCAAUGCGAGGGGAAAGGACUGGGAGACUUGCGCCCGCUGCCUUUUCUCAGGUUUGAUAAGGCACGUUGGGGAUCACUGAAAAUCGCAAAGGGCUUCUAUUCUCACACAUUUUACACCAAGGCUGUUAUUUCUCCCUCGCCUUUGCGUGUUUUUGGUGAAUUGGGGUAACUCUGGUCCUGGAGGCUUGACACAGCUGGGACUGGGACAGGGACUGGGACGGGACUGGGUGCGUGGAGCGUCGGAUCACCCAGGAUUGUGUUCCCUCCUCUCUCUCUCGUGGCUCUAUUUACAUGUCCGACCUGACUGCUUUAUGACAAUGGAUUACUUUCUGCUUUUAUGCAGCCUCUUGCUGCCUGUGGUGUCCGCCGUUGAAGAGACACUGAUGGACACGAAGUGGGCCACGACAGAAUUAGCCUGGACUUCUCACCCUGAGACCGGGUGGGAAGAGGUGAGUGGCUAUGAUGAUGCCAUGAACCCCAUCCGGACGUACCAAGUCUGCAAUGUACGUGAGCUCAACCAGAAUAACUGGCUACGCAGUGACUUCAUCCCACGAAAGGAUGUGCUGCGUGUGUAUGUGGAGAUGAAAUUCACAGUGCGUGAUUGCAACAGCAUUCCCAACAUCCCCGGUUCCUGCAAAGAGACCUUCAACCUCUUCUACUAUGAGUCUGACUCAGACUCGGCCACAGCCACCAGCCCUUUCUGGAUGGAAAACCCUUAUGUGAAAGUGGACACUAUUGCCCCAGAUGAGAGCUUUUCCAUGCUUGAGUCUGGGCGGGUAAACACAAAAGUCCGAAGUUUUGGGCCAUUGUCCAAAGCCGGGUUCUACUUGGCCUUCCAAGACCUUGGUGCUUGCAUGUCGCUCAUCUCAGUGAGGGUCUUUUACAAGAAGUGCUCGACCACCAUCGCCAACUUUGCUGUUUUCCCAGAGACAGCAACUGGGGCUGAGGCAACUUCCUUGGUGAUUGCGCCAGGAACUUGUGUUCCCAAUGCCCUGGAGGUGUCUGUGCCAUUGAAACUUUAUUGCAAUGGAGAUGGCGAGUGGAUGGUUCCUGUCGGAGCCUGCACUUGUGCAUCUGGUUUUGAACCAGCCAUGAAGGAUACCCAGUGUCAAGCUUGCAGCCCUGGUACCUUCAAGUCUAAACAGGGAGACAGCUUCUGCUUGCCUUGUCCAGCCAACAGCCGUGCCAGUUCAGGGGCAUCUAGCAUUUGCUCCUGUCGAAACGGUUACUACCGCUCAGACACAGACUCUCCUGAUUCCCCCUGUACCACUGUUCCUUCUGCACCACGCAGUGUCAUCUCCAGUGUGAACGAAACCUCGCUCGUGCUGGAAUGGAGCGAUCCACGUGACCUGGGAGGCCGUGAAGACAUCUUCUACAACGUCAUCUGUAAGAAGUGCCUGCCUGAGCGGGGAAUGUGCUCCCGGUGUGACGACAACGUUGAUAUCUCACCGCGCCAUCUGGGCCUGACCCAACGCCGCGUGGCUGUCCGUAACCUACAGGCCCACACCCAGUACAGUUUCGAGAUCCAGGCGGUCAACGGUGUUUCCAACAAGAGCCCCUAUGCACCUCAGUUCUCUGCAGUGAAUAUCACCACAAAUCAGGCCGCUCCGUCUGCAGUGCCCACAGUUCACCUGAUGGCAGCUACAGCGAGUACCAUGAGCCUAUCCUGGCUGCCUCCAGAGAAACCCAACGGAAUCAUUCUGGAUUAUGAGAUUAAGUACCAUGAGAAGGUAAGCAGCAAUGAUCAGGGGGAGGCCAUUGCCCAUACCAUGACUGCACAACGGAGCAAUGCCCGCAUCGAAGGUCUUAAGGCUGGUACACCUUAUGUGGUGCAGGUCCGCGCCCGAACAGUGGCCGGGUACGGCCGUUACAGCAGCCCGGCCGACUUCAGCACCAACCUGCAAACCGACCCUCCAAAGUCAUGGCAGGAGCAGCUGCCACUCAUCGUGGGAUCAGCAACCGCCACCUUGGUCUUCAUCAUUGCAGUUGUGGUCAUUGCUAUUGUCUGCCUCAGAAAGCAGAGAAAUGGUUCAGAGUCGGAGUACACAGAGAAACUGCAGCAGUACAAAUCCCCUAUAGUAACGCCGGGAAUGAAAGUCUACAUUGACCCCUUCACCUAUGAGGACCCCAAUGAGGCAGUGCGCGAGUUUGCCAAGGAGAUUGACGUCUCCUGCGUGAAGAUCGAGGAGGUCAUCGGCGCAGGUAACCCACCAAAGCUCCUGAGCUACAGGGGGAAGACUGCUAGUCACCUCCAGGCCAUACCGUUAGAGGACUUCACACCAAGCGGUACUUUCACUCAAUUCAUCGCUAGCCCUCUCCUUUGCUCCUUUCCCCUCCCAUACUCGUCAUCUCUUAGGAACCCCCCUUUUUCCCAGUCUUACAGAUGUCUUUAGCACUCUGUGUUUAAAGCAUAACUAGCUACAGUAUGUCCUCUUUAAGUUAGCACCAUCACAGUCCUAGAACCCUUAACGUUGUUUACCAUGCCAUAUGCAUUUAGAGUAGCUGUAAUGCCUAUGGUGGAUUAUCAUCUCACAAAUUCACCUGUGUCCUUAAAACAGAGACCAAUCCUGGAUUGAGAGAGAACCAGCAGUCGUUUCUGAGUGAUUGAAAAAAUAUUUUUGAAUCUAAUUGAAGCAGAUUUUGGACAAUGCAACACUAAAGCCCCAUACAGACAGGAUUUAUUUCUCUAGGGAAGAUGUUAAUCCUGUCCGAGCUA